UCACCUAUUGCAAGCUACACGUUCUGCUUCUGGGUUCUACACAAUUUCCUCUCAAAUUUCCCGGAAAAUGAACGAGAAAGUGCAAGUUUCUCUCGACAAGCUACCCGUCAAGCGCUUGGACGUCAUCGAGGAGAAUGGCGCCGAACGAUUCCCUUCCGAUGUGGGAUACGACGAAAAACGGCUUUCGUUGAUUCGGCGAAUCGAUUUCGCGUGGGCGGUGGAGAAGGACGAGAAGAAGAAGCAGAAGAAGAGCGCGAAGGAGAGCUUGACGCCAUGGCCAUGGCAGACGAUGGUGGAGAACUUGCAGUUGGCUCAACAGGAACUCUCUGUUAUUGUAGAUCUCAUCAACACCGUGGAAGCUAAUGACGCAGUAACAGUGGCUGGCAUGACAAGGCCAAAGCCAUUGCCCAAUGAAGUUCUCUCUGACCUUGCUGUAUCUGCUGCAAUUAAGUUACAAGGUUUCCGGAGUCUUGGUAAAUAUUUUAAGCAGUCUGCCAAAGCUUUGGAACAACAGGUUGUUAGAGAAGCAAGAUUUUAUGGUGCUCUGAUCAGAUUGCAGCAGAACUGGAAAGUUAAACGGCAGCGUAUUGCAGCUGCAGCUUCCGGAAAUGAAGGCUUCACCAUUGAUCUUUUUGACAAUUCAUUGUACGAUCCAGCUUCUGUAUAUCGCCCCACUUUUCUAUCAAUGGUUCGUGUUGAACAUGACCCAGCUGGCAUGCUGGCUAUAAAUUUACCUCCAAACUCAUGCCGAUCUCUUCAAUUUGGGUUUUUUGGUGUUCACCCUUGUGAUAAUACUGAACCCAAUAAAACGAAAGUUGGUUCCUCAGUUCACUCAAGGGAAACUGAAAAAGAAGCAGCCAAUGAUGAUGAGUGUAUUAAAGAGACACAUCUACUCCUUCGUCAGGUUCAUCAAUCAAUCUUUGAUGAGAAGGUAUUUGAUUUGGUGAACCGUGAAGCGUUCAAUCAAUCUUUAGGGGUCAAUGUGACUGGAAUAAGAGAAAACUAUUUGCAACUGAGCAUAGGUCUAGGAAACUCUGUGUUUAUAUCACUCGUGUCAUCUAAUCAAGAUGACCAAACAGGAGAUGAUGCUGGAAAUCAGGAUAUAGAAAAUGCAAUUUUACCUUUGGACUCGUUAGAUGGAGUGAAGUUACCGGAAGAGGAUAAACAAGAUACCUUUAAUAAAGAGUUAGGCACUCCUGAUUAUAUUAGCUGUGAAAUAUAUCUACAACAGCUUUUUCAUGAGCAUGUAUUUUCAAGAGCAAAGGACAAACCCGUUUCAACUGUUUCUCGAGUCUCUGGUCAACCAGCGAAGGAAGGACCUAGUCUUCUCGGUCAUUUCUGCCUGUCUUUGGCUCAUAGGAUCUUUUCAAAAAAAGUUCUUGUGGUGCUAGAAAAUUUGGUUUCUGGGGUAUCAUAUCUACAGUUGCUUUCUCAUCCCACUUGGAAUUCUCGCACAUCGUCAUGGACAAUCUUCAUGAAGAUUCCACAAUCCAUUUUACAUGGCGGCAGCCACCAGACAUCAGACUUGCAUCACAUGAAGAGUACCACUAAGUCUCAGUUUCGAACAAAGGUUGUCAUAAAAGAUGAUUUCAUCAGUGUAGAAGGGGAAGGUGCUCCAAAUGUUGUUGGUCUAUUCAAAGGAAGUGCUCAGGAAGUUUCUUCAAUGAACAGAUACGAAUGUAACUUGGAAGAUCUUCCGGUGAUAAUUUUGCAGCAGGUUGCAGGCCAAAUUGUGCGUUGGCUUCAUGAGGAAGCUCUGAUGGUUGGAAUAAAGGUGAACCGAGACUUUCUCAGCUUGUCGUUUGAGCUCGAGCAGGGCGAGACACUCACCUUGUUAGCACACGUCGACCCCGAAGAUGCUCAGGGAUGCAUCUCAUGGUGGCUGGUCAUGGAGGACGGUUUCACGGAGGAAGGGAAGCUUCAUAUGGACUUAUCUGAUGGCGUAUCUGAAUAUAGGAGGUUCUUAGGCCAUUUGUCACUUGAUCUGUUGUACUCAACCCUGAUAGACUUGGUAAGCUUGUGCACUGGAGGUAGUAGCUUGUGAUUAAUGCAUACUCACAUUUUGCCCAAUUUUAGUCACUUUGGUGCAAAAUCUUAGUUUUGAAGCUUUACAGUAAUCUCAUUCAAAGUUAUUUGCUCUUGACCAAAGUAAAUAUUA